CUUGGAUCCAUUGGUGUCUGGAGAACACGCUUACACUGUGAAAUUUGUUCAAUUUUUCAUGACUAAGAGGUAGCAGGCGUUUUAAUUAGACUCUUCAUAUGAUUCAUGAUCAACAAAAAACUUAAGAACAAUGGAGGUGGUAGCACCAAAUAUGAACAUACCUGCGUUAUGUCAGUUUAAACCAUCAAGCGUGGAAGAAAACAAAAUAGGAGUAUGGGCCAAACAUCAAAUCAAGGCAGAGACGCAGUUUGGCCCUUAUGAGGGUGAAAAGAAGAAAGUUAGUGAUACAUGUGAUCCUUAUUACUCAUGGGAGAUUAAAGGCCCUAAAGGAAGGAGGUUGUUCUGUAUUGAUGCAUCUGAUCCCAAGAAAUCUAAUUGGAUGAGGUAUAUCAAAUGUGCACGCUAUUAUGAAGAACAAAAUAUUGUGGCAGUCCAACAUGAGAAACAAAUCUACUACAAAACUAUAAAGGAUAUAAAUGCCAAUGAAGAACUAUUGGGUUGGUACAGUGCACCGUUUGAUUCAAUGGGCGAUGGAAGUACCAUGUGUACUACUGAGGCUUCAACAUCUAAGAAGAGGUUUACAUGUGAAAAAGGGGAAGGUACUGAGAGCAGUGAACUAGCAGACCAGGAGGAUGUGAAAGGUCCAAAAAUUAAACCUGUUUUAGGAAAAAAAUCAAAGACAUUCAGUGACCCCAAAGCUGCUUGCAAAUCAGAUGAGCAGCAUACGUCUCAGAAAACUGCUAAAUGGAGUAACAAAGAUGAAAAAAGCUCUAAUAAAAGAAAACGAAAAGGUGCUGAUUCUGAGGAUGCAAAAGUUAUGAAGAAAAUUAAAAAACUCAAAACAAAUGUGGGAAAAGGUGCAAAAGCUAAGGAUAAGAAAGUCCUUGGAAAGGGCAAACAAAUCUUAAUAUCCAUUGGUGCCAAAAAGAAAAAAAUGCAAGACAAGAAAUCUGUGAAGUAUAGUCUGAAGAAGAUUGGAAAAAUUACUUCUAUUAAAGAAAAAGUUGCAAAACAUGCAUCAAAGAUGAAAUCAGUCAAAGCUGUUGAGGGUGUAAAACUUUCUGUUGGCAAAAAGACUGCCAAAUCGAAAUUGACAAAACAAACAGGUGCUGCUGGGCAUGAAAAAGCCAUGGCAAAAUUAGGAAAACAGGUUGUGCAGUUAAAAAUACCCAAACUGUCAACUGGCACAGAUCUUGAGAAGAAAGGUACUUCGAAAAAGCAACUUGGGAAAGCAAAGAUAUCAUCUACUGCUGGAAGUUCUGGUAAAGCAGCAAAACACAAAAAGAUAGCCGAGGGCGACAAAAAAAGUGGAAAAAUUAAAAAACAAAUUGCAAAGAAGAAAACAGAAUCGAGUACUGGACACCCUGGUAAAAUAGCCAAACAAUCUGCAAAGAUUAAAACAGUGAAACAAGCCACGGACUCAUCUGCUAAGAAAACUGCAAAAUUGAAAAAACUAAAACCUGCAAAUGUUGGGAAAUUCAAAUCUCAAACUGCUAAGGUUGAAGUAAAGAAACCUGGCCGGAAGAUGGGAAAAGGCAGUGCAGUUAGAAAACUAGUUAAUAUAAACAGAAAGAAAAUGUUUCUUCCAACUCUAAAAAGUAAAACCAAAGGAAUUGGAAGAAGAACAAGAAGUAACGCAUCUUCAUUUGCUGGUAAGCAAUUGACUGUUAGAAAGAGGAAGAUUCCCUCACACAAAAAGAAAGAUUCAGCUAGUGCAAAAUUAGCAAAGAAAUCUGUAGAUACAACAGAUGAGACCAAUGAAACACCAUUAAGUUCCUGUAGUGGUGAUGAAGGGGUAACCUCUGCAGUUAUGGAUGACACAUAUAGGAAAGAAAAUGAAGGAAUGCAGACUGAGAAAGACAUGGAGGACUAUCCGUAUGAUCAUCGUGAAGUUGCAGAGAAAAUUACAGAUAUUAUAGCAGAGGAAAUGCCAUAUGCGGAGGAGGAAGAUAGUAUAAACAGCAAUGACAAAUUAAGUAAUAACAAAGAAAAUGAUACAGACAGUGUAGGGAGUGAUAUAAUUGAAGGUGUACAGGAUGUCCCACUGAAUAUGGAUAUUAACAAUGCUAAGGAGAACAACAGUGUAAGCGAUGUGGAUGAUAUUCCAGAUGAUAUUGUAACCAGUACAGGUGAAGAUAGUAUGAAUGACAACAUGAAGCAAUGCAGUGAAGUCUUGAAAGAUAUUAUUCUAGACAUUCAAAAUUCAGAGAAAAACUUAGCAGUGGACAGUAAUGAACAAAACUUAAUACAUGGCGAUGCCAAUGAGACUGUCUGUAUCAGUGUGUUGAAGGAAAAUAAAACUGAAGGAAUGACGUUAGAAGUGGAUGAUGUCCAUGUGGAGGAACCUCGUGAGGAAUUAGCUAUGGAUGAUUUGCCUGAACUGGACAAAAAUGUUGAAAUUGGAGGACUUUAUGAAGAUUGUGAUGAUGAUUACAGAAUGCCUAUACUGGAGAGAGUAGCUGCAGAUUUUAAUGUAAAUUUGUUCACGCGUGGUGAUGAUACAGACAUUAGAGUAACACAAUCUAUCACAAGUUAUCUCAACCCAGAAAACACUAAUAAAGAGGAAGGAAUAACUAAUAUGGAUAUGAAAACAGAAAUAUAUAAGUGCCAAAACCACAUCACUCAUGUUGACAUAAAAAAAGAGAAUGAUAACCAACCAACUGAAGCACCAAAGACAAUUGAUCCACCUUCCAAAUGUGACAAUAUUACAUAUGAUGAAAAAUGUGAUCACCCUGUCAGUCAAUGUAUGAAAGCUGAAUCACCAAAUCAACCAAAUAAUGGAAGUAUGUACUUCAAAAACAAAAUGCAUGCUAACAUCUUUGUCAGCACUCAGGACAACCAAUAUGAAACGGAGGAUAUGUGUGAAUCUGAAUCUCAAGAAAUUAAUCAUUCAGAAACAAAUAACCUUCGUAUUGAUGAAGUAGAACCUGCAAACGAACAUCCAUUUAAUGUGAAUGAAGAGGGAGAUCUUAAUAGUGCUUGUGAAGAAGAGGAACCUGUCACACCUAGCAGUAAUCCUGUAUUGUUAGUAAAUGAGGAGAGAGAUCAUGAUGGUGUUAGUGAGGAACCCACCACACUUUCGAAGGAACAUCUAUUGACAGUGAAUAAAAAAGGUGAUGAUAGUGUUUGUGAGAACAAGGAACCUGCAGUAGCUUCCAUUGAUCCUGCAUUGACAGUGGAUGAAAUGGAAAAUUCUGAUGAACAUGAUAUUGUUGACGAAAGUGAAAAAGAACAUGAAGUUAUUGAAGAAAUUGCUAAUAAUGAUGAUGUGCUUGGCAUAGCACAUACUGCUAUAGAUAACUAUAGUUAUGAUAAUGAUGAUGAUGACAUUGAUGAUGAUGAGAAUGAUGAUGGCAUUGAUGAAAACUCCAUUCAAGAAGGUGAUUCCAACUCUGAAGGCAUGCCGACCAAUCAACAUCCUGUUGUAAUUGACAAUGUAAACAUGCAUGAUGACUCUGAUAGUAAAGACGACAUGUGUGGUGAUAAUAAGGAUGACGUAUUUGCCAGCUCUGGUGAGAAAACUGACAAGGACAUCGCCAAUGAUGAAUUGGAGGAGAACAGUUUGGAUAAUCAUUCAAUAGAAAAAAUGGAAUCAAAAGACAACAAUGAUGAAUGCACUGGCACAAAAGUUGUAAAUGAACAAAGCGGUUUUGACAGUUCUGAGAUAGUUGUAUUUAAAAAAGGGUGGUCAGGCCGUCAUAAUUUCCCCAAAGUGUAUCUGCCUGUGCAGUUGGAUGAUUCAGGAAAACCUAUCAUUUAUUCUGAUUUCCGAGAAUUUCGAAUUGAUGUGAACUUAACUAAUAAGAAAGUGAGAGGUAAAAGAAGGAAAUCAUAUUAUAAAUGUCAAGUGUGUCCAUGUGCUGUAGAGUUUCAACAUAGCUUGAAACGACAUUACUUCAAUCAUCAUGUCCAGGAAAAGUAUAAAAGUAUUGAACCGACAAAGAGACCAGUGAAGGUUGCUCAUCAGAGGGAAAAGAUUAGAACCAGAGGGACCAGUUUUGAUGAGGAGAGGAGAAAAAGAGCCCACAUAUUCAAAGAUAAGGCAAAAGUUGAUGAAGAACGAUUUCUUUCAACUGAAAUGGGAUUUCAAGUUGAAUCUAAAGCUAGAUUUCGGAAAGCAUUUCAUCAAGAAACAGAUACGGACAGAGUAUUUUCAUGCAAAAUAUGUGGAAAACGUCUAAAGUCAAAUAAACGAUUAUCUAAUCAUAUGAUGAUGUCACAUCCUCAACAGUAUAAACUUAACUGCCCUAAAUGUUCUCGACAUUUUCUUUGUCAACAAAGUCUAGAAAGGCAUCUACUUCUUCACUCUGGUGUCAAACCUUUCAGCUGCAGAUACUGUGGGAAAGCAUUCUCAACCAGUACAAAUGCUAGAAGACAUGAAAAGCUGCAUUCCGGCUUUCGACCACAUCGAUGUGAGGAAUGUAAAAUCACCUUUAUUCAUGCAACUGAACUACAGAGACAUGUCUCUAGUAAUCAUGGUGAAUUCAAAGCACUACAAUCCAAAUUUAGGAUUCCUGUUAAGACUUUAGAAGAUGAUGUAAUAGAGCUCCCAGUUCAUGCCCCUGGUGAAGAGCAUGAAUGCCCACUUUGUGGGAAAAUAUUUUACAAAGCCAGUAGUUUGAAACGUCAUGCAAGUCAUGCCCAUAAACAUGUUCAAACAAGGAUGGCAGAAAGAAAAGUGGAGAAUCAAGCACCUGACGGUUACAUAGAGGCAACUGAUUUGUCAGACACUGUUCCAGAUAAGAUUAGUCAGUAUUUAGAUGGAAAAAUCAUCCCUCCUGAAGAUGAAAUAGGCCAUGUACCAACUGGUGUAUCGCAAAUUCGCAUUUCAAAUGUACAUCAUAUUUCAUCAUUUGAUGAUUAUGCUAGUGAUGAAGAUUCUACAGCAGUAGGUAAUGCUGAAGAUUGCGAAAGCGAUGACAGUAACACUUCUUUUACCCAUGGAACAGAAGAUUGCAAUUUGUCAGGCAAAUCACCUGGUGGUCAAAACGAGCCACAUCAUAUUGAUAACUUGAUGAAAAAUAAAUCCAUCAAAACUAAUAGAAUUUCACAUUUGCCAGAAGAAAGAUUCACAGGUCAGAGCAGCAACCACACUGACCAUACACAAACUGUAGAAUCAAUAAAAAAACAAAAUGAAAUUGAUAUUAGAAAACCACCCAGCGCCUUAACGCGCCCUCCAUUUAGAGGAAGUUCAGGACCAAAAGAUUUCAACCCUGCUUUAUUGAAAAGAAACAAAACAUCCGAAGGUGUUUCUUCAUCUAGUCAGGUAAUGGUCACUAAGGAAACCAAGGAAUGUGCAGAGCAGGGUUAUUCAAUGGUGUCUAAUGCAAAGUCAGUGCCAUCAAUAACCCAAUCUUCAAGACAUGCAGGUCAAAGCUUGCAGCAAUUUAGAUCACACCCACAAAACACGGCAAUUGAUACAAAGGUUGUGUCAUCGAAAAUGCAAGCAUCUAUUCAGAGAGUCAGAAGUAUAGCUGCAUUGAAACAAUUGCAAUAUGCACGGGCAAAGGCUGCUGCGGCACAGCGCACAGUGACUCCCAAAAUGCCAACCGGUGCAACUUCACAAGCUUCAAGUACUGCAAGGCCUAUACUGCAACCUAGACCUAUACAAGCAGCCCCUGCUGUACCAUCAACUGGGAAUGUACAGUUUUCAAGCAGUACCAACAGAUCCACACAACAGUCUACAAAGUUUUAA